UACGGGAGGGAAGUUGCUGAAGUUGGGUGAGCCGCCCGGGCCUCGCCACCGCCUGCUCCUGCUCUCCCUUCUCUUCCUCCUCCGCCGCCCCGAGUGUGUCCGCGCCCGCCUCCUUCCUCACCGCGGCCGCUCGCCGUGCAUGAUGGAAACACCAUGGCUUCGGCGGCCCAGCUCUCCCUGACCCAGUUGUCAAGUGGAAAUCCAGUCUAUGAAAAAUUCUAUCGACAGGUAGAUUCAAGCAAUGUUGGAAGGGUGCUGGCGUCUGAAGCUGCGACUUUUCUGAAAAAAUCGGGUCUUCCAGACUUGAUCCUUGGAAAGAUCUGGGACUUGGCAGAUACAGAUGGCAAAGGUAUCCUGAACAAGCAGGAAUUUUUUGUGGCUUUGAGACUCGUGGCCUGUGCACAGAAUGGACUGGAUGUUUCCUUAAGUAGCCUUCAUCUGGCCGUCCCCCCACCUCGAUUUCGUGAUUCGAGCAGCCCAUUGCUACUCAGCGGACCAGCAUCACCUGAGCUCCCGUGGGCUGUCAAAUCUGAGGAGAAGGCCAAAUAUGACGCAAUUUUUGACAGUCUUAACCCUGUGAGUGGAUUAUUAUCUGGUGAGAAGGUGAAGCCAGUGCUACUCAACUCCAAGCUGCCUGUGGAUAUCCUUGGGAGAGUUUGGGAGUUAAGUGACAUUGACCAUGAUGGAAUGCUGGACAGAGAUGAGUUUGCUGUGGCCAUGUUUUUGGUAUACUGUGCCCUGGAGAAAGAACCUGUGCCAAUGUCUUUGCCACCAGCUUUGGUGCCACCUUCAAAGAGAAAAAUGGCUGGUACUUCGGCCCCCAAGCGGUCGAUGUCUUCUGUCGCACAUGCCAGGGACCCACGCCGGACGUCACCACCAGUAGGUUCUCUACCUGCCAGAGCAGCAACACAGUGGGUCGUGUCAGCUGCAGAAAAGGCAAAGUAUGACGAGAUCUUCAUGAAGACCGAUAAGGACAUGGACGGCUUUGUGUCGGGGUUUGAGGUCCGAGAGAUUUUCCUAAAGACGGGAUUAUCAUCCGCCUUAUUAGCACAUAUCUGGGCACUGUGUGACACAAAGGACUGUGGGAAACUUUCAAAGGAACAGUUUGCCCUGGCUUUUCACUUAAUUAAUCAGAAGUUAAUCAAGGGCGUUGAUCCUCCUCAGAUUCUUUCUGCUGAGAUGAUCCCACCAUCGGAUAGGGCCAGUUUGCAAAAGAGCUUUGUAGGUUCGAGUCCGGUGGCUGAUUUUUCUGCUAUUAAGGAACUCGAUUCCCUGAACAAUGAAAUAAUGGACCUUCAGAGGGAAAAGAACAACGUGGAACAGGAUCUCAAGGAGAAGGAAGAACAUAUCAGGCAGAGGACCAGUGAGGUCCAGGACCUUCAAGAUGAAGUCAAGAGGGAGAGCUCCACCCUGCAGAAGCUGCAGGCCCAGAAGCAGGAAGUGCAGGAGAUCCUGAACGGGCUGGAUGAGCAGAAGGCCACAUUGGAGGAGCAGCUGAACGACGUCAGGCAGCAGUGUGCCCAGGAGGCCCGCCUGAUUUCCUCUCUGAAAGCUGAAUUAACCAGCCAGGAAUCCCAGAUCUCCACCUAUGAGGAGGAGCUGGCCAGCGCCCGGGAGGAGCUGAGCCGCCUGCAGCGGGAGACGGCCGAGCUGGAGGAGAGCGUGGAGGCGGGCAAGGCCCAGCUGGGGCCCCUGCAGCAGCACCUGCACGAGUCCCAGCUGGAGGUCACCUCGAUGCAGGCCAGGCUGACCGAGAUGAAGGAGCUGGACGACGCCAGCGGCCAAGAGGGGUGGUCCAGGAGCCCCCAGAGCAGCCUGGUCAAUGGCGCUUCGGAGUACUGCAGCCUCAGCAACAGCAGCAGCGAGACGGCCAACCUGCAUGAGCACUCGGACACGGCGAGCGCCCCUGAAGCCGAGUCCGGAGCCCACGAGUCCCCGGUCAGAAGCAGUCCUGAAGUUCCUCCCUCUGAGAUAGCUGAUGAGAAGGAAGGGGUGGCUCCGGCAGUGCCUGAAAAGGAAGAUUUCUUUAGUUUAGACUCGAGCUCCCUGUCUGACAGUGCUGUGGAACCGACCCUGGAUUUCUUCCAAUCAGACCCUUUCGUUGGGCGGGAUCCUUUCAAGGAUGAUCCUUUUGGGAAAAUAGAUCCCUUCGGAGGUGACCCCUUCAAAGGGUCAGACCCGUUUGCAGCCGAUUGUUUCUUCAAGCCAUCAGUCACGGAUCUUUUUGCUUCCUCGGACAUGGACCCCUUCUUGGCAGCCAGCAGCAGCAGCGACCCCUCGAUGGAGACUCUGAAGGACAACGACCCUUUUGCCCCUGGUGGAACAGUUGUUGCUGCAGCAAGUGAUCCAGCUGUGGAUCCCUUUACAUCCGUGUUUGGAAGUGACUCCUGUGAAGUUGGAUUUGCAGACUUCAGCACCCUGGCCCAGGACAACAAGGAGGACCCAUUUGUCGUGGCCCCACCCAGCUCGGCUGACACUGUGGCUCCAACUCAGAGCGGAUUUGAGGAGCCCUCUCCAGUCAGAGACGAAGACGUGCCCCCUGCUCUGCCCCCCAAAACUGGGACACCAACACGGCCCUGCCCUCCUCCACCUGGAAAGAGACCUGCCAGCCAUUUGGACUCUUCUGAUUCCUUAAAACUGAAUGACCCAUUUCAGCCCAUCGCAGGCAAUGGGAGCCCCACAGAGAAAGCUCUCGCCACUGCCCAUAGGGAGGCUGCCCCGAGCCGCGGGGCCAACGUCGGCGCCUACCCGACUGAAGAAGACCUGAUUGAAUGGGCCAAGAGGGAGAGUGAAAGGGAGGAGAAGGAGAGGCUGGCCAGGCUCAACCAGCAGGAGCAGGAAGACCUGGAGCUGGCCAUCGCUCUGAGUAAAUCGGAGAUCUCAGAAGCGUGAAGGGCCCGCGGCGGCCUCCCCCACCCUGAUGCCCGGGGCUGGCUGCGGGAGCGGGAAGGUGAUGGUGCUCCCGGGGCAGGGCCCAGCUUGUCUUGUCUCGUGUCCGAUCAUUUGAGGCCCCAGCAUUGCAAGUGUCAAACCAGAACCCCAGAACGCGCCCCUCCCCGCGCUCGGACACAUGUCCAGCCAUCCUUGGCCCAUGAGGGGCUCUGGGCUCUGAAGGAGGCAGGGUCCUUGGAGGACCAGCCUGCUACUGCCCGCCGGCGACGGGGCAGGUGAAUCUGCAUGUUUCCAUUUCCUCCUUGUAAAAGUAAUGGCCGAGUCUAAUUUCCUUCCGGACUGGGGACUGCCUCACUUUGCAAGACUCUCACCCUGGACAAGGUGGCCAUGGCCGGUAGAAGUGGGCACGAUUUCUGAUUGGCUCUCUUCCAGAUGCUUUUGUGGGAAAUAGGUCAAAAUGCCCGCUUCCAGUCAGCUUCCUGCCUCUCCAUGUUUGUGCUGACAAACCACAGGCGCAGGAGAGAGACCCUUUCCCCAUCUGUUCUGAGCAGAAACCUUAAUUUCCGUGAUGAUAAUUCCCCCAUCCCGAGAUCCCCGCAGGCCACUCUGGGUUCGCCACGGCCCUCAGUCAGAAGGAGCCGAGCGGGCUGGCACUGGCAGAUGCUUUGUUCUCUGCACCCCAACAUUUUCUCUAACGAGGGUUCCACCUGACAUUGAGUGCGAGUCCCAACCCAAAGUUUGUAGAGGUGGGGAGGGAGCAGGCUUAGCGCUUCUCCUCCGAUCACUUUUCUGAGGAAAGUUGGGGAGGCCGGCGGAGGCUGUCUGCUACGCAGCCGUCCACGGGGACCUGGCCCUCAGCCACAGGGGCCCUCACGCCGUGUAAAGCAUGCUCCCCAGGACCAUCCCAGGCGCAUCAGUUCUGCUCUAGAACACUCUGUAGACUCCAACACAAAGAGAAAAUAACUUUUGGCUUUUUUUUUUUUAACAACUUAUUAACUGUUCAUUCUCGUGUAUCAAAGGCCAAGAUACAAAAUGGCACCUCAGAUCUGUGUUUGAGUCCCCAACAGCCCCAGGUCAAAGUCCCACUGACGUGUUCACGAAAGUGGCUCAUGGCCCUGCACAGUUCAUCCACUUGUUAGACCUGCUUAGCUUAGUUUUUGAGCUGCCCUGCUCCUCCGUGGUUCCCCCAACCCGAUUGGGCGUCAGUGAGGGUGAACCUAUGGAAUCACUUGUAAAUAGAAUUGUUUCAGAUCCAACUCUAGAGCUGAAAUAAGAGCUGCCAGCUGCCAGCUGCCCGCAAGGCAGCCCGCCGGCAGAAGCUGCCCCAAGGGUUGUUAAGGAGGGCGGCCCUUUUUUAAGGGUUGUGGCAAGCGCUUCCCCUGCCCCCUUUUGUUAUUUCAGGAAAACAGGUAAGUUGACUUGAACAACCUUUUUGCACUGGGAAAAUGAGCGGCGUUAACAGCUGCUCGACCAAUAGGAACCUUUGGCAAGUAUUAAGUCCCUCUAGUCUGUCUCUACCACCUUCCAUGUCACCAGUGUACACUAAUCCGACAUGUUUAACUGGACUACAUCAAUUCUGAACUUUUGUUUUAAAAUGUACACUCACUGGACCAAUAUGCUAUUAAAAGUGUAUAUAUUCUAUAUGUACGUGUGCGUUUGUGUGUGUGUGUGUGUGUGUAUGUGUGUGUUCCUGCCCUCACGUCUGGUAGGAAAGUCUGGGAGUCUCCUGGCGUUCAGCUUCAGUUUCUCGACUCUUGCUCUGAUGCCCACCAUGCUGGGAGGCGAGAUCGGGCCUGGAACGGUGGCUUUUCGGGCGGACGUGGGUUCUGUUGAUGUGAUUUCCUCCUUUGUUCCCAAACGUCUAAACUCUAGCUUGUAAUUAUGAGGAAAUAAACUUUAAAUAUAUAACGAA